GUCGUCUAGGGCGCCCUCAGUCCACACGCAAGCAUGGAGUGCUACGGAGCAAACACGUACAAGCCAGUGUGCGAAUGGGUGAUCUGCCUCGAGGAUCGUAUUCCCUACCACGCCGUGCCUGGCGGAGAAGACAGCGGAGAGACUAUCUACAUUGGUCGUGCCGUCCACAACGGUAGCGUCAUCCCGGGCAAGGUGGUGCCGUCCCACAAAUGCUGCUACGUGUCCGACGACGGCGCCGAGCAUAGCCACCAUGAGUACCAGGCCCUUGUCACGGAGAGCAGCCAGUUCGACUGGAUCCCAGCCUCCGACGGAUCCCUGCCCACCGGCGCUGUUCAAGGCGGCUCGUGCGCGACCGGCGAGCUUCUUUACAUCGGUCGGACGUACCACGAGGGCACCCUGACUAUCGGAAAGAUCCAUCCGUCCCACGGCUGCCUCUACAUUCCCUACGGCGGUGAAGAGCACUGCUACCGGGGCUACGAAGUGCUUGUUUGCAAGACCGUCAACUUUUGAGCAUUGAUGGAGAGGCCCCAGAACUGGCCAAGGUAGCGGUUGGAUGAACUAGCACAGUGGCUCAGAUGGCAUUCUCUUUUCAAAGUCUACGAGGUGGAGGAUCACCGAGACACAAGGACUAAUAAGCUUUUCAGUUCAGUUUAUGUCGCUGUUUGUGGGUUUAAUAAAGCGCAUGUGUAGCACC